AUGGGGCUGAGUUCCUUUAAAUUCUGGUCAAUAAGCCAUAUCUGCAGACAGAGUAACAAUGCUACACAUCUUAUGGCUAGGACAGCUAGCAGUAGUAAUGAAUAUCAUAUUUGGGUGGAAGACACCCCUCCUGUAAUAGCAAACCAACUUAGAUUGGAUAGAGAGAGAGAGAGAGAAGCUCAAGUAUUGCUAGAAGGCCAAGCAGAAAUUUGGCAACAUUUAUUUGGCUUUGCAGACUCCAUGGCAUUGAAAUGUGCUGUGGAGCUCUGCAUUGCUGACAUUAUAAACUCUCAUGGUGGUCCGAUCACUUUGUGCCAAACAGCAGCCGAAAUAGUUAAAUUCCCUUCUCUUGAUAUUCCCUACCUCGCACGUAUCAUGAGAUCACUAGUCCGCAAAAAGAUCUUAACCGCACAUAAUCCAUCAGAUAGUGGGGACACUCUCUAUGGAUUGACCCCUGCAUCAAAAUGGCUUUCGCAUGAUUUUGAACUAAGCCUAGUGCCAAUGGUAUUAAUGGAGAACCAUUCAUGGCAAUUGGCACCCUGGCAUUACCUUAGCCAAUGUGUCAAAGAAGGUGGUAUUGCCUUUAAGAAAGCUCAUGGCUGUGAGAUGUGGGACUUCGCAUCAAAAAAUCCUGAAUUCAACAAGAUCUUCAAUGAUGCCAUGGCAUGUACGGCUAAGAUUGUGAUGGGGGUGGUCCUAGAAGAAUACAAGAAUGGGUUUGAUUGCUUGGGAUCAUUGAAGAAUGCAGGAGGCAGAACAGGAGGAAUGAUAGCCGAGAUUGUGAAAGCACAUCCAUACAUCAUAGGGAUCAUUGCUAUUCCUCAUAUUAUUUCUACCGGUAGUAUUUUCAUAGGUGCUCCGCGUUCCAUGGGUGCUGCAGCUUUUUUCCAUCUAGUAUUUCCAGGUGGUAGGUGCCCUUCCUUUGCCAUGAUGCAAUCCUGUAGGGUCCUUCCCAAUUUGGGCCGAGCUUCCCCUGCGAAGGAUCUCUAG